GUCGCCGCCGUCGUCGUCGUCCCUCUUCAUUACCUCAUCAUCACCGUCAUCUCCUCCCUCCGCUCCUCAAUCAUCGCGCCGCUUCUGAAGUCCCCGCCGACCGACCGACCGACCGACCGACCGACCUCUCCGAUUCCAGCGGCGGCGGCGGCCGGCGUCCCGCCCCCCCUCUCUCUUCUCCGGCUCGCCUCGCUUCGCCGCUCGGAAUCCUAGGGUUCCCCGCCUCAGAUCCGGCGGUGCUCGGCUUCGCCGUCGGCCUCCGGUUUCCCCUCCUCUGACGAUCGCGGGAGCAAAAGAAGAAAUGGCGCUCCCUAGCUUCGCGGACACCGGCACGCACUAGAGCUCGGCGGUUCUUUUGGGGUUUUUCGAGCUGGGGGGCGGGGGGUUUACGGCGAUGGAUGCGUUGCAGAGGGCGGUUCAGCCGCCGGGGGCGGGCGGAUACGGCCCGCACGCCUCGGGCAGGGGCGGCGGCGGCGAUUUGGCGGUGCCCGAUCAGUUCCCGGUGGGUCUGAGGGUUCUCGUGGUGGACGACGACCUCAUUUGCUUGAAAGUGCUGGAGCAGAUGCUUCGCCGCUGCGCGUAUAAUGUUACAACUUGCGCCCAGGCAACUGUGGCAUUGAAUCUGCUCCGAGAGAAGAAAGGUUGUUUUGACAUUGUUUUAAGUGAUGUUCACAUGCCUGAUAUGGAUGGUUAUAAACUCCUUGAACAUGUUGGGCUUGAGAUGGACCUUCCUGUUAUUAUGAUGUCUGGUGAUGGAAGCACGAAUGCUGUUAUGAGAGGAAUUAGACAUGGAGCAUGUGAUUAUCUUAUUAAACCUAUUCGCCCCGAAGAGCUUCAGAAUAUAUGGCAACAUGUCGUUAGGAAAAAAUGGAAUGGAAAUAAGGAGAUUGAACAUUCAGGAAGCCUAGAAGAUAAUGAUCGGCAUAAGCGAGGAAGUGAUGAUGCUGAUGGUUCUGCUGUUAAUGAAGGGGGGGAAGGCUUGCUGAAAAACCAGAAAAAGCGCAGCAUUACUAAAGAAGAAGACGAACCUGAAUUAGAUAGUGAUGAUCCUACUACAUCAAAGAAACCACGUGUAGUGUGGUCGGUGGAGCUCCAUCAACAAUUUGUCAGUGCUGUAAACCAACUUGGAAUUGACAAGGCUGUGCCUAAACGAAUCCUAGAAUUGAUGAAUGUUCCUGGCUUAACUAGGGAGAAUGUUGCAAGUCAUCUGCAGAAAUUUAGGUUGUAUUUGAAGAGAUUAAGUGGAGUAGCUCAGCAGCAAGGUGGGAUAUCUAGUUCAUUCUGUGGAACUGUAGAAUCAAAUAUCAAGUUGGGUCCCCUGGGAAGAUAUGAUAUCCAAGCUUUGGCAGCCUCUGGUCAGAUUUCUCCGCAGGCAUUAGCAGCACUGCAAUCUGAGCUUUUGGGUCGACCAACAAGCAACCUAGUGUUACCGUCAUUUGAUCAGCCAACUCUCUUGCAAGCUUCCCUGCAGGGAUCCAAGUGUCUUCCUGUUGAACAUGGUGUGGCCUUUGGUCAGCCUCUGAUUAAAUGCCCAUCUAAUGUCUCCAAGCAGUAUCAACAGUCCAUUCUAUCGAGUCAGGAUGCACCUUCAGGAUUUGGACCGUGGCAAGCUACUAGCCUUAGUACAGUAGGAAACAAUAACAUUGUUGCAGGGUCGAAUAUUCAGAGUAAUAACACUUUGAUGGAUAUAUUUCAAAGACAACAGCAGUAUCAGCAAAAGCAGCAAUUACAGCAGCAGCAGCAGCAACAGCAACAGCAACAACUGCCACAACAGCCUCUCCUAGAGCCUAGCCGUUUAAUUAAUGUGCAACCAUCUUGCCUUGUUGUUCCCCACUCAUCAGCUGGUUUUCAAGCAGCGGGUAGUCCUACUUCUGUGAACCAGAGUUCCACCUACAAUAGAAGUGCCGUCAUUGACUACAGUCUUCCAUCAUAUCAAGGCAAUACUGCUUUAAAUACUGGUCUGGCCUCGGAUAAAGAUCUCAAAACCUCUGGCGUACUUGGUGGCUACUCUGUACAAGGUUCCAUUUCACCGACUUUGUCGUCUAGUUCAGCGAAUGCUGACAGUAGCAAUUGCUGUCCACUUCGGAAUCCAUCUGCAAAAUAUAACAUCAUUGGACAAGCACCAGGUGUUGUUUCUGAUUUUUCCAAUAUCCAGGGUUCUUAUGAUGCUAAGUCAGGUGAAGCCAUUGAUCAAGGACUGCUAAAGAAUCUAGGAUUUGUUAGUAAGGGAUCGGGCACCCCAAGCCUUUUCACAGUUGAUGAAUUUGGACCACCGUUGAAACAAAUAUACAGUGGAAAAGUCCAUCUGGAAAGUAGUGCAGGUAGAGUCAAACAAGAACCGAGCUUUGACUUUGUGGAUGCAAAAGUGUCUAUCCCAGUAUUGGAGCAACUUUCGUCGAAUGAUCUUAUGAGCGUUUUCACUGAAUAGGAUGCCUAUGCUGUUUGAUUGGUUUGGAGGCUCUGUUCCAUUUGAUCGAGAAGCACAGAUUUAUCCACUUCUCGGGGUGGGACGGAUUCUGGUUCGAAACUGUAAUGUUUUCUUCUAGAGACUUACUAAUUGUUGCUGAACCGCGUGUAUAAAUGCAUUUCAUUAAACUUAUGCACAGUUCCGAGGCGAAAAUAAGCUGUAUGUAAUAUUUAGGGGCUUGGUUUCACUUCUCGGACUCACAUUUGACUGAUGUGUAGUCAUUUGGACUAGGAUGUUGAUAUCCAUUUAUUCAUUAUCACCACCUUCUUAAGCUGUGAUACCGAAGCUGCUGCUGUCUUUCCUCAAGAUGCAGAAAACUGUUUGUAACCUUUUGGUGCCUAGGCUGCUUUUGCCGCUGCGACACUCUGAUGUGUAGUCAUUUGGAAUAGGAUGUUGAUAUUUAUUUAUUGA